UUGUGUCGUCUGUCAUGUUUUCAUGUUCACGCUCAGGACUCGGGAGGCGUGGCUUCUGUGGGUAAAGGAGACCUUCAGCAGCAGGGCUCCAGACACAGCGAGGCGUCUGACCACAAGAAGGAGCGUCUGGACCUGAACCAGGAGGUGGAGGACGAUCCUGAAGACGGGGACUCGUUCUUCGACGACCCACUGCCCAAACCACAGAAGACCUAUGGCUGUGGCAGUUCUCCUGUGGGUGACCAGGACCCAUCAGAACGGACCAACAGUCACAAAGAUGUUGUCCCCCUGAGGGAGGAGUGUCUCUCUGGGCCCGUGGUGUCCUCCAUGAGGCGAGGCAAAAGCCUCAGCGAUCUGUCUGUCCUGGCUGCUGACUCAGAGGACGAGGGAGACGAUGGUCUCUCUGAACACAGUCAGAGCUCUGAGCUCAGGAAGGUGGAGGCGACAGGGGCCAGAGGGAGUCCAGUAGGGUCCCUGUCAGAGGCCCCGAGACCAGGAGGAGGAGGAGGAGGAGGAGGAGGAGGAGGAAGCAGUGCCUCAGAGCAGAGCCACAGCAGGAACGGAGCGUUGAACUCCAGACAGCGAGGCUUCAGAGACUCAAAGGCUCCGAAUGAUCAAACUGGAUCUCUGCACAUCGAUGAUGAUGUGGAAUACGACGAUGACUUUAACAGCCAUCGGUCGGACCUGUCCAAGAGUGAGCUCAGCAUCGGCGAGGAGAUCGAGGAGGUUUCCAUCGAGGGACCCGACAACAGCGACAAGUUUGAUGAAACCACUCAGGAUCUGAGCGUCUCUCAGCUCAGUCACAGUCAUGGAGCCGACUACAUGGAGGACGUGGCCUGACCUUCCCAUCAUGCACCUCUUUGUGUCGUCAAUAUUUAAGUCUGUACAGCGUCAAGGAGAAAAUAAAGUCAUUUGUAUCCAGAGGCUGUUUGAUGGAGAAUGAUUUCACUGCAAAGCUUCAGUUGUUAGUGUCGGAGGAUGUUUGAGCCGUGUUCAGUUCCUCUGAGUCAAACUCUGCUGCGUUUAAUGACAUCACCAGUUUAAACACGCCGAGUUCCCCCAAGAGGGACCGUCUCCAGAGUCGGACCAGAGCGCACCCAACCACCUCCGAGGGCGGUGACGUCACAUAUCAUCGCUCAGAGGUGACCAAACUUUUUCAGUUGUUUCUUCCAAACUGUGAACAGACGUCUUUUUUUCAUCAGAUGUGCUGAUUCUCCUGAGAGCUGGUGUCUGCAGCUCCAGCUCCUCGUUGCUUCUGUCAGACAUUAGUUUGUCUCUCGUCUGUGGUCUGAACAUAUGUACAUGUACACACAAACAUUUACGUGUUGUUGAAUUUUAAUGUUUCCUGCCUCUGUGUCAAACGCUUUGUAACUGUAUGUUUAAAAAAUGCUUUGUGAAUAAAUCAUUUAUUUAAUGAA